ACUCCAUUCCAGUGUGUCAGUGAGGGUUCCCUGAGCCUCGCAUCCCGAACAGCUGUCUACUGUGUUAACUUCACCUGCUUUUUACAAACAAAAACAACUUGACCAUGAGCGGGGACCAUGGACACGGAGGCUCUCAGGUCAAUUCUGGAUCCAAAGGAAGCGACACUCACAAACAUAAAGACAGGCACAGAGACAAGGAACACAGACACAAAGAUCACAAGAAAGACAAGGAGCGAGAGAAAUUCAAGCACAUCAACAGCGAGCAUAAGGAGCACUCGGAGAAGAAACACAGAGACAAAGAGAAGCUGAAGCACAGCGACGGCAGCUCAGACAAGCACACGGAAAAACACAAAGAAAAGGACAAGGAGAAAGAGAGGAGGAGAGAAGAGAAGAUCAAAUCCUCCCAUGUAGACAAGCCUAAAAAGGAGAAAGAAAAUGGAUACAUAGGAGACACGAGCCCAGCUGCCGUUAAGAGCGAGCCUGAAGACGACAACGGCUUCUACCCCUCUCCCCAACACAACUUCAAACGAGAGUAUGACUGUGAAGAAUUUGAAUACAAGAAGCCCAAAAAAGUCAAGACGGAACAUGACAAAAAGGCAAAGAAGAGGAAACAUGAGUACGAAGAAGAUGAGGAGGAAGAGGACAUCAAGCCCAAAAAGAAGACAAAAGAAAAGAAGGCAACAGAUGGAAAGAAAGCCAAAAAAGAAGAGGAGAAGUGGAAAUGGUGGGAGGAGGAAAGAUAUACUGAUGGCUCCAAAUGGCGCUUCCUUGAACAUAAGGGUCCGGUAUUUGCACCCUCGUAUGAACCCUUGCCCAGCAAAGUCAAAUUUUACUAUGAUGGUAAGCCUAUGAAACUUAGUGCUCCUGCUGAGGAGGUUGCUACAUUUUUUGCCAAGAUGCUGGAUCAUGAGUACACCACUAAGGACAUCUUCAGGAAGAACUUCUUUAAGGACUGGAAGAAGGAAAUGACAUCAGAGGAGAAGUCAAGGAUCACUGACCUGAACAAGUGCAACUUCAGUGAAAUGAAUGAAUACUUCAAGGCCCAAUCAGAAGCUAGGAAACAGAUGUCAAAAGAAGAGAAACAGAAAAUCAAAGAGGAGAAUGAGAGACUCCUGCAGGAGUACGGUUUCUGCAUCAUGGACAACCACAGGGAGAGGAUUGGAAACUUCCGCAUUGAGCCGCCGGGCCUCUUCCGAGGGCGAGGCGACCAUCCGAAGAUGGGCAUGCUCAAACGCCGCAUCAGACCUGAAGACAUCAUUAUUAACUGUAGCAAGGACUCCAAGCACCCUAAACCUCCCCCAGGGACAAAAUGGAAGGAGGUUCGCCAUGAUAACAAGGUGACCUGGCUGGCGUCUUGGACAGAGAAUAUCCAAGGCUCCAUCAAGUACAUCAUGUUGAAUCCUAGCUCCAGGAUCAAGGGGGAAAAGGACUGGCAGAAAUAUGAGACCGCCCGACGGCUGAAGAAAUGUGUAGAUCGCAUCCGAAACCAAUACAGAGACGACUGGAAAUCAAAAGAGAUGAGGAUCAGGCAGAGAGCUGUGGCGCUAUAUUUCAUCGACAAGCUGGCACUGAGGGCGGGUAACGAAAAGGAGGAAGGUGAGACAGCGGACACAGUUGGCUGUUGCUCGCUGCGAGUGGAGCACAUCAAACUGUACCCCAAAAUGGAUGACCAGGAGUACGUGGUGGAAUUCGACUUCUUGGGAAAAGAUUCCAUCCGCUACUACAACAAGAUCCCUGUGGAGAAGAGGGUUUUUAAAAACCUUCAGUUGUUUCUGGAGAACAAGCAGCCGGAAGACGACCUCUUUGACAGAUUGAACACUUCUAUUCUGAAUAAACACUUACAGGAGCUGAUGGAUGGACUGACAGCCAAGGUCUUUCGUACCUACAAUGCCUCCAUCACCCUGCAACAGCAGCUCAAGGAACUUACCUCCCCUGAGGACAGCAUCCCAGCUAAGAUCCUGUCAUACAAUCGAGCCAACCGGGCGGUGGCCGUCCUCUGUAAUCACCAGAGAGCUCCACCCAAAACGUUUGAGAAGUCCAUGCAAAACCUUCAGACCAAGAUUGAUGAGAAACAAAAUCAACUUUCUGCAGCCAGGAAGCAGCUUAAAGCUGCCAAGGCUGAUCACAAGGCUUCUCAUGAUGACAAGAGCAAAAAGGCUGUGGAGGUGAAGCGUAAAGCUGUCCAAAGGAUAGAGGAGCAGCUGAUGAAGCUCCAGGUACAGGCCACAGACAGAGAGGAGAAUAAGCAGAUUGCUCUGGGCACCUCCAAGCUCAACUACCUGGACCCACGCAUCUCUGUUGCAUGGUGCAAGAAAUGGGAUGUUCCCAUUGAGAAGAUCUACAACAAAACCCAGAGAGAGAAGUUUGCCUGGGCAAUUGACAUGGCUGAAAAGGACUACGAGUUUUAAACGCACUUAAUGUGGUACCUUUUCUACCCAUGCCUUUGAUUGUAAAGAUGGUUUGUAGUUGAUGUCAAUUGAUUCCACUGUGUGGUUACUGCAGGGCUGCGAAAGAGGAAACUAAGACAUUUUUUUGGAGCUGUGACCACAGAUUAAUAAUUGUGCUGUAUAUAUAUAUAUAGAUUGGUUAUGAAUAUAGGAAAAUAACUCCUCAGCUAUUUGACUAAGCUGUCAAGAGGCGUCACUCUUAAAAAAUAAAACAAAAAAACACAGUAGUGUGUAUGUAGCUGCAGGUAUCUUCCCGUGAUCAAACAACUAUAAAGACAUUAGUAUUAUCUUUUGUCAGAUACGACUGUACUGAAAUUUUUAAGCCAUCAGAUUUAUUGAGAAAUUCUAUAUUCUCAUAGAAUAAUGAAUUAAAUGUUUGUAUGGGAGACUGUGAAAAGGGUCAUGAGAGAGAUAAUAAUAUGAUGAAUUUCAGCUUGUGGAAUUUUAGUGUGAAAGAUUGGCACAAUAAAAUGAGCCUGAUUGACUGAUGACAGUGCAAAGAAUAGAAAUCCUAGCACUAUUCUCAUAUGAUUAUUAGCACACAGAAUGUCAUCUUGUUUCUUUCCGUUUGAUUUAGUUGUUUAUUUCAGGGAUGUACAUAUUUUUUUGUCAUUUUUCAGUAAUGAUUUUUUAAAACGUGUGCUGUAUGCGUUUGCUGUAUGCAAAAGCUCUUCAUUGCUUGUAUGCAACUCGUGUGUAUGUGUGAGUGUGUGUGUGUGUCAGUUUCCAGUUUUACAGUGAGCAAGAUAUAAGAUUCCUCUUGGUUACUUGAAACAGCUAAAGUGCAGUGUAAUGUUUUAUAUGUCAGAGAUAAAAAAAGGAAAUGUUUUCUAAGAGGGUUGUGGAUUUUGCCAAAAAAAAAAAAUCACAGACGUUUAUCAUUGUAGUGUGCUGUUUUUUUGUAUUGCUGUGAUUAAGCAGAAGGUGUCUUCUUUGAAUUGAUUUGAAAUGAUUUCCAAAUGUGAAUGGAUAUUCUAACUUUUGUCAUUAAUAUUUCCUGCUAUUUGAUCAUUUAUCACAAAACUUCUGAGCGGCUGAAUGCUUAUUCUUUUGAGCUUUGUAGUCUUCAGAAUAAAACAUCAACCUGG